AUGACUGCUUCUUUUUUUCGCUAUGGUGAACUUGAGGUCGUCGAGCAGUCGGCUCAGCAUAUUAGCGGCGGGAUAACAGCUAAUCAGCUGAAUCAGGAAGUGCAGGCAAUAAGCAAAGAGGCGUUGAAUAGGAUUAUUGGCAAUGACGCCUAUCAACAUCAAACGACUAACCAAUGGAGUCAGCAAGCUGUAGAAAAAAUUACCACUAGUCUCGUAAAACUUAAUAAACCUUAUAAAUUCAUUGUUACUUGUGUUAUCAUGCAGACGACAACUGGUGCUGGCCUUAGCGUGGCUCAUACCUGUUACUGGGAUAAAUCGGCAGAUCAUUCGUUUACCGUGCAGUGGGAAAAUAAGUCGGUUGUUGUCGUCGUCAAUGUGUUUGCCGUGGCACUUUGA